AUGGACAAUCCCACUCAUCUCCCUUCUGGACGCCCUCUCCCUCAUGAAGCUGUUACAACCAAAAUCCCACAUAGCACUAUCGAUCAUUACGCGGAAGAUGUUGCUCAACUCCAUGGCUACGGAGCCUUAACCAGACAUAUAUACAAGCAUGUCUUCAGCAGAGCGAAAGAAGCUGAUCUCGAAAAGCACAUUGACAUAUGGAUAGCCUCUCACAACUUACCCCCAAGGGGUCAUUCUGGAUUGGAGCAGAAUAAGCAAAAGAUUUUAGCGAUCAUUCCUAAACCUGGUCAACAGAAAGUGGGCGCUUUUGCAUGGAUGGUUCAUAGGAAAGUCACGGGUGAUUCUUGGAGUUUUUCGCAAGAAGCUCUCUCGUACAAGCUAAAGGAAUGGGAGGUAGACGAGGGUUUUAAUGACCUAGUCGUAGAUAAGUAUCGAUGCUGCAUUGCAGAUUGCAAAUAGGAAGAGGGGUUGCAGAAAGGAAAAGAAACUGAAAAGUACAUCCCGUCUCAUAUUUUUGUUUAACAACAGCUAAUGCUUCUUCUUCCGUCCAGCCAAUUGCCCCAAUAUUUCAAGCUCAAACAAAACCACCGAAAAUACAAAUGCGAUCAGAUAAGGUGUGGUUGUAUUUUCAGAACGAAGACGACUGCUAAGACUCAUCUUAAGAAUGAGCACCAACUAAGCCGAUACCCGAUAGAGUGGGACUCCAAACCUACAGAAGACGACUCCCUUGAUGGGGCAGAAUUGAUUGAGAACACUGGACAAGAGUAUCUUGAGGAGAAGCACCAAGAAUUGAUUGAGGGCACCGCGAGGAGGCAUGUUGGGACUAUACACCAAUUCCACGAUGGAAAGUUGGCUACAAAUUUAGAGGAGAAGGAGAAGGGCACAAACAAGAGUUUCGGAUCAUAUCGUGAGUUUGUCUCUUGGAAUCAACUGCCCUUGUUUGAAGAUAUGAAGGGAAAGGAAGUGGGUUUCGGUGCUCAUCGUCAGGCAGAAGCUAACAGUUGGAAGCACUAGCACAACAACAAUCGCAUACUCAACAAGACGAAUAUCCUCGUUCCUCAGAUCGAGCUUUGGCUACUGUGGAUGGAAUCUCAUUCACACCAUGGGGAUCUGCCCGCGAGACAAGCGAGAGUGUAGACAAGAUUCUUAAUACUGAUGAGGAUGCAAAAUUGACAACUAUGGACAAAAUGCAUGAGAUUGAUAACAAACUGGGAGUUGGCAAAAGACCUAUGGAAGAAGAAGAGGCUCAAGUAGGUGCACCACGGCCAAAGAGGUCGAAUUUUUCUGUGAAUGAGCUCCUCACAGCUUAA